AUCACAUCGAAAGAAAAUGAGCAAAACUGAUAGCAUUUGGGCAAAGGUUGACCUAAAAUCUUCCCAUGAGAAGUUAUAUGGGUUCUUCAGGAACCAUUUGGGAGAUUUGGUGAACUUGUUUCCUGAGAAUUUCAAUAGCAUUCAACUUGUGGAAGGGCAACAUUUCGAAAGGGGCAGUCUAUUUCUAAGUAAAUACGAAUUGGGACAUGAACAUAAAGUCGAAAAAUGGGUAAUAAAAGCUGUGGAUGAUGUGAAGAAAUACAUAGUCUAUGAAGCUGUUGAAGGAGAGGCUCUAAAGCAAUUCAAAGUGCUUAGAGUAAAAGUUGAAGCUGUUAAUGGAGGAUCAACCAAAGGAGGAGGAGGAGGAAACUUUACAAAAUUGAGUAUUGAGUAUGAAAAGGCAAAUGAAAAUGUGGCCUCACCUGAAAACUACUUGGAAUUGUUAGUCAAAAUCGCAAAAGGGGUGGAUGCUUAUUUCUCCAAGAACUAAAAUCCUACAAUAAUGAAGCGAGUGAUCUUAAGUUUGGCUGUGUUUUCUACUUGGUUUGUUCUAAAUAAGAAAUAAUGUGUGUAAUGUGUUUAAAUAUGGGUUAUAAGGAUGCAUGUGGGGCUAUGGAGUAUCUAUUAUAUGUAAGUCUACUUAUGUGUGUGUGUUUGAUCUCAAAUGUGAUAUCUAAUGUGGGUUCAAUGUCUAAUGAAUCAUAACUCAUGGAAAUGUUUUAUGUUAUAAA